GCUUGUAUAUUUGUUAAAAAUACAGACAAUCAAUGUUUUAAGUGGGCAAUUUUGUCCGCGCUUCAUCCAGUUUCUCGCCAAGAUCAUCCUGACAGAGUCAUUAAUUAUGUCAGAUUUGAUGGAGAAUUAAAUAUGAAAGGAAUUGAAUUUCCAGUAGCUUUAAAACAAGUAUCUAAAUUCGAAAAGCAAAAUAAUGAAAUUUCAGUGAAUGUUUUUGGUUUAGAUGGCCGAGAGAUUGUACCACUUCAUCGUACGUGGGAAAAGAAAGUAAAUCAUAUUAAUCUCCUUUUGAUUGAAGCUGGAAAAGAUAUGUAUGAUAGUGAUGAUGAUAGUAUCAUGAAUUGUAACGAUUAUCAUUACGUUUACAUUAAAAAUCUUUCAAGAUUGAUGAGUAGUAGUCUGGCACGUACAAAGAAGAAGAUUGACAUAUGUGACCGAUGUCUACACUUUUUUUCUACUCAACAAUAUUUAGAAGCACAUCUGCAGCAAUGUAAGCUGAUUAAUGAUUGCAAGGUUAAAUUACCAAAAGUUGGUAAUGAUAUAACCUUUAAAAAUGAUAGAUUUAAAGAAAAAAUACCAUUUGUUAUCUAUGCAGAUCGUGAAUGUUUAUUAAUACCGAUUAAUGAGUCAGAAGGCGAUGAAGAAGAAGAUGAACCAAAGAAUACUACAGCAUAUCAAAAACAUGAUAUGUUUAGCAUUGGAUAUUUCUUGAAAUGCAGUUAUGAUGAUUCUUUAUCUCGAUUUAGCAGUUAUCGAGGAGAAGAACCAGCAUUGUGGUUUGUUAAGGAAUUGAAAUUGAUAGCUGAACAAAUAGAUAAUAUAUAUGGAAAUCCUAUACCAAUGGAAAACCUUAGUUUAGAACAACAAAUAUCUCUUAACGAGUCAGAUACUUGUCAUAUUUGUGAAAAAUCGAUAUAUGGUAGAAUUAAAGUUCAUGAUCACUGUCACUUAACCUCAAAAUAUCGACGAUCUGCUCAUGCUGGAUGUAAUUUGAACUAUCAAGAUUCAAGAAUAAUUCCAGUGGUUUUUCAUAAUUUAAGUGGGUAUGAUGCUCAUUUUAUAAUCAAAGAUAUAUCUAAUUGUUUUCCAGGCAAAGUUGAUCUGCUUCCCUUAAGAAAGGAAAAAUAAAUUGCUAUUACUAAGCAUAUUGAAAAUAGUGUGAUAAAGCUCCGUUUCAUCGACUCAUUCCGCUUUAUGGCAUCAUCUCUCGAUCAAUUAGCAUCUUUUCUGAACGAGUUUAAAAUACUGAAAUAUGUUUUCUCAGAUUUGGAGGCUAGGAAAUUUCAACUUUUGACAAAAAAAAAGGUGUUUUUCCCUACGAAUAAAUUAAUUGUAUGGAAAAACUAAAUGAAACUGAGCUGCCUGCUAUAGAGAAGUUUUUCAGUUCACUCACAGAUUCAACAGUAUCGCAAGAUGAUUAUGCUCAUGCGCAGAAAGUGUGGACAGAGUUUGAAAUAACAACUCUUGGAGAAUAUUCAGAUCUUUACAUGAAAACAGACAUACUACUAUUAGCUGAAGUUUUUGAAAAUUUUCGUGAUCAGUGUUUGACUGUAUAUGGUCUUGAUCCAGCACAUUAUGAUACAACACCUGGCUUCACCUGGGAUGCAAUGCUUAAAAUUACUGGUGUUAAAUUGAAACUGAUCACGGAUAUUGAUAUGUUACUUUUUAUUGAGCGUGGUAUCAGAGGAGGAUUAAGUCAAUGUUCUCAUAGAUAUGCUAAAGCUUAUCAUAAAUAUAUGAAAGAGCAUUAUAAAUGCGAUUAAGAUAAUGUAUAUCUCAUAUAUUUAGAUGCUAAUAAUCUUUAUGGUUAUGCAAUGACACAAUCUCUACCAUAUGAUGCAUUUGAAUGGAUUCAAGAUUUUACAAAUAUAAACGUUCAAACUAUAGACGAUGAUGCACUUGAAGGAUAUAUUUUGGAAGUAGAUCUUAAAUAUCCUAAGGACAUUCACAGUAUACAUAAUGAUUUACCUUUCUGCCCAGAGCAUAUGAAACCUCCUGGAUCCAAGCAAGAAAAACUAUUAGCUUCUUUGAUGAAUGUUAUGUUAUUCAUUAUCGAGCUUUAAAACAGACUUUAGCAAAUGGACUUGAGCUUGUUAAAAUUCAUCGAGUGUUAAAGUUUAAACAAUCUCAAUGGUUGAAGCCUUACAUAGAUUUAAAUAGUUCUAUGAGAGCUAAAGCAAAAAAUGAGUUUGAAAAAAAUCUUUUUAAACUAAUGAAUAAUGCUGUUUACGGCAAGACUAUGGAGAAUGUACGUAAGCAUGUUGAUGUAAAACUCAUGACAAAGUGGGAAGGACGAUAUGGCGUGGAAGCUCUCAUUUCAAAACCAAAUUUUCAUAGCAGUGUAAUAUUUAGUGAAAACUUAGUUGCUAUAGAAAUGAGAAAGACUAGUGUAUAUGUGAAUAAACCUUUUUAUAUUGGUUUGUCAGUAUUGGAUAUUUCAAAGACUGUUAUGUACGGCUUUCAUUAUGAUUAUAUGUUAAAAAUGUAUGUAAAUAAUUGUAAGUUGUUGUACACAGAUACUGAUAGUUUGAUUUAUGCAGUAACCUGUAAUGAUGAUAUUAAAUCAAAUAUUGAACGAUUUGAUACGUAAGAUUAUCCUGAAAACAAUGUUUUUGGAAUGCCACGUAUGAAUAAGAAAGUUGUAGGACUAAUGAAAGAUGAAUGCAAUGGAAAUAUACUUACUGAAUUCAUUGGAUUGAGAAGUAAAAUGUACAGCACACGUGUUGAUAAUGUGGAUUUUGUAAAGAAAAUCAAAGGUAUAAAGUCGUCAGUUGUGAAAAAAACUAUUUGUUUUGAUGACUAUGUAGACUGUUUGCAAAAUCAAAGAAUUUUGAAGAGAAAGCAAUCUGUUAUUAGAUCAAAAUUACAGAAUGUUGAAACCAUACAGCAAGAAAAAAUUGCACUAAGUCCGUACGAUGAUAAAAGAUUCCUGAUACCAUAGAGUAAUGAAACACUGGCUUGGGGAUAUUAUAGAAUAAAGUUAUCGAGUGCUGAUAAUAACUCAAGCAAACAAAAUAAAAAUCUACGUUUUAAUGAUAAAGUUUUGAUUCAUAAUAUGUGUACAUGGACGUUUGCAUAUCAGAGUGCUCGACGUGGUGAAUGGAUGCAGGUUGUAUGUGUUCGUGAACGUUUUAGAAUGAGGAUUGAAAGAACGGGAGUAAUUAUUAUUAAUCCAGUGCUUUUAAAAAAAAUCUCACAGUUUUGUUAAUACUAAGCAGAAAAACA